AUGGGGCUCCGGAGAGGGGCCGGGGGCGGGGGGCGGCCGCCGGGCAUCUGGGCCUCUCCCUCCCCGGGCACCGCCGCGGCCCGCACCCCUCCCCGCACACACCCUCGCCGGAAAGUUCCCCUGCCCGGGCCGGGCUCCCAGGAGGCUGGCACGGUGCCAGGCUCGCCGCGGAGCGCGGGCAGCGGGGUGGGGCGAGCGGAGGCGGCGCCGAGGACGUGGCCGGGCGCCCCGGGCGCGAGCCGGACCGAGGCCCGGAAGGGCCUGGCUGGCGCGGCCUCAGUUUCCCCGGCCGUCUCCGCGGGCUGGGGCGCAGGCCAGGCCGGCGGCGACCCGGGGCGCCGGCGGGAAGGGGGUCUGCACGCGGUAGGCCCGGCUGGGAGGUCCCGCCGGCCUCCGGGGCGCGACCCUCUAAUCCGCUUUAGUCAAUAUAUUGUGCGCUUUUCCUUCGGCAAAGUAAACAGGGCGGGCGAACAAAGCGGCGGCCGCCCGGCCCGCGACUCCCUGACCCCGGGGUCGCGCCCUUUGUUCGCCCUCAAUGGGGCCAACCCACCGCCCGCCGCGGCUAAUUGGGGCGCGUGCCGCCGCCAAGGCUGCCGCCGCGGACCCCAGACCCCGGCGCCUGUUAGGGCCUGGACCCGGACCCCGACCCGGACCCCGACCCCAGACCUCGCGCCCCCCGCGCGGACCCGGACCCGGGGCCCCGGCUCGCCUUGGAACUCGGACCCGCACCCGGACGCAGACGGAGACCCCCGCCCCCGGACCCCGGCAGGGCUCAGGACUCGGACUCGGACUCGGACCCGGGGCCCCUGCUCGGAUCCCGAUCUCUGCCCCACGCAGACUCCAGACCUCGAUCGCAGGCCCCAGACCCGCUGCAGACCCGGCCCCGCGCCGACCCCGCCCGCCUCCCUGUGUCGCGAGCCCGGGGGCUGCCAGGAGGAGGCGCUCGCAGGCCUCCUCGCCGCCGGAGCAGGCUUCACCACCUUGCCGGAGUCUGGGGGUAGUUCUAGAUCCCGUGCAGCGCCCCCCCCCCCACCUGGCACCGCGCCCCUCCCUCCGCCGGACCCGCGCCGUCCGGAAAGCCGCCGCGGGGUCGCCCUGGCGCGCGCCCUGCACCGGGGGAAGCCCGCCGCCGUGGACCCCGAGCCCUGUCCCGGGACCUCGUCUAGAGCUCCGUGGCACACGCUGGCCCCUGCAGUGCCGAGCCCGGCGACCCUAGCCGCUCUCCGCGGCGCGCACGGGUCUGCGCGCAGGCCAGAGACCGUCGGUCCGCCCGGGGUCCCCGAGUCGGGCCCGAGCCUGCGCGCGCGCCCCGCUGCCCGCAAUCAUGGCAGCCGGAGCCUCGGAACGCAGCCGCCGAGCGCGUUCCGGCAGCCGCCUCGGUGCCAGGGCGGCGGGGCGAGCUGGGGCCAGGGCUCGCGCCUGCCCGCCCCAGCAGCCGCGCGGCCCGGGGGCGCGAAGCCGGAGACGGAUGGGUCCUCGCGGCGGUGCCCCCCUGGCCGCGCCGGCAGGUGCCAACUCCGAGACAAAAGACAUAAAAUAGGCGGCAACGUGGGAAGCGCGGCCGGCGCGCUCGGGCGGGGACGGAGGCGCCGCGGGGGCCGCAUCCUCGGUGCCGACCGGGGAAAGUUUGGGAAGUCGCCGCGGCGGCUUCGCAGCGGCGGGGGACGCGCGGGCCGGGCCGCCCUCCGCGCCGCGCUCGCCCUUUCCCAUGCACCGGGCGCGCGGCGCGUCUGUGCCAAGCCGCCGCCGCCGCAUUCGGCGCCCGGGCCGAGCCAGACGAGCGGCCGCGCGGCAGCCGGGCCCACGCUGUCCCCGCGCCCGCCCGCCCGCCCGCCCGGCGGCGCCCAUUGUGCCCGGCCCGCGCCGCCGGGCCGCCCGGAGCCCGCCCGCGACCCGCAGCGCGCCCGACGACCCGGCCCUGCAAGUUCGGGCCCGCGCCGCCCGCCCGCCGGGGAAGCACGUGAACUUGGAGAAAGUCGCGGGGCGCGCCGGCCCGGACCUCCGCGGCAGGGCGUGGGCGCCCCCGGCGCGGCGCGCUUUCGUUUUCGUCCCGGACAAAGGUCCCUCGAGGCGCUAGUCUCGGAUGCGGAGACCGGGUUCUGCCGGCCGCUCCUCCCGAGAGGUCCGGUGGUUCCGUACGGGCAAGCCGGAGUCACAGAGGAGGAGCGGCGCGGUGCGGGACCGGGAGAGUGGGGCCUGGCCGUGCGCUUCGCCCGGCCGUCUCCGUCCCGGAGCCGUCCCGCCCUGCGAAGAGUUGCGGGAGAUGGCACCGCGCUGCUCUCUGCGGUUCGCACGCGUGAAGGAGGGAAGCGUUUGGGACCCAGGACGCAUACCCGUCGCUCGCCCGGGGCCUGUGCGGUGUGGGCACCACAGCGCAGCGCUGGCUGCGUCCGGGCGCGUUCCUCCGGCAAGGGCGGUCGACCUGCGAGUCCCGGGGUCACCAUCGGGUUCCGGGCGACUCCUGAGGAUGGACUCACCCCUGCGUCCCGUCACCUUGUUCUGCAAGCGACCCCUGACGUUCAGACGACUGACCGUGCACCACCCUCAGGUCGAGAAGCGGUGUCUGGAAAGGGGCUUCUGUCCACGGUCGGCCUUCCUCGAGGUCCUGCCGUCAGCCACGAGGGUCCUUGGACGGAGACCUAACGGUCCCACUGCCAAACCUUUGCCCAAGCCGUGCCCUGCACCCGAAGCCACGCCUCCUUUUCCUGCCACUCCCCCAGGUGACGCGCUUCGUCCACCCACCACGCGCUUGUGACGCUGUAACAUUUGACGGUUACCGGACGUGGCCCGGAGGAGCCCUGGUCUGUGAGAGCGGAUGCAAGCGGGGUGCUCGGCUCUGUCUCUCAGGUGCACCUGCUACCCUCGGGCUCACCUUGCCUGCAGGGCCUCUGGGGCCAGGAAUCCUUGAGGGAGCCCCUUGGCUCUGCCCAGCCGUGAACCAGCCCUCGACUGCAAUCCUGAUGUGCCUCGGCCGCCCGCCACCGGCCCAAGAGGCCACUCGGUAAGUCCAGCCUGGAAGAAGAACAAAGGGCGAACGAAGGAAGCCAAGCGACCUGCUUCUCAGGCUGGGCUGGAGGGGGGGAUGAAGCGGGGGUACGUGUGGUGACCGCCAGGGUGGACCAGGAUGAGGGUCUCUUCCCGUCUCCCUGUCUGUCCCCACCCCGCAGGGCCCGGCCCGCGGCCCGGCCUGUUGUGCCGUCUGUGUCUCCCAGCUGGGGCUGGGCCCUCCCUGCAGCCUUAGCACAUGGGUGUCUCAGCGGCCGACCCUGGAGCCCAGAGCCCGUGCUCGGGGUCCCUCCCCUUGGGACGUUCGGGGGAGUCCUGGGCUGGGAGCCUUGGCCAGUUUUCUCCCCAGCAGUGAGGCCAACAGCAGUCAGUCUCCCCACACCGCAGUUGGGCGGGCGCCCAGGGUGCUUAGGGGCCGGGCAUGAGACCUCCGUCUGCAGCAGGGGGCAAAAAGCCAAGCCCAGCAGAGCCCAAGAGCAAGCCCCUCGCCCCCACCACACGCAUGGGGCCGAGGCCCCCACCGGUCUGAGCCUCCGUUUCCUCACUGCAAAAAGGGAUCAGUAAUCCUAGCUUCCCCAGGCCCGUGAGGGCCAAAUGGCACGGCCCAGCCUGGGGCCUGCCUGGAGGAGGCAGCCUGCUAGGAGGGGUGUGGAAGGGAGCUCAGAGCCAUUAUACCGCUGGGCGGAAAGCAGAAUGUCGUAACCUCCCCUCUGCCGCCUGUCAGCUGUGUGACCCCGUGAAGGUGAGGUUACCUCUCUGGGCCCCAGUCUGCUCACCUACAAGAUGGGCUGACAGUAGUCCUUGCCUCACCAGCCUUUCCUCGGGGGCCCCCGGCAAGGUGGCGGCCAUGGUGGACAUUUAUCCAGGCUGCCUGUGCCUCCGGGCACUGAAUGCCGAGCCCUCUAGGGCCUACGGUUGUGCCCCGGCUGCCUUCCCCGGGGGAGCCAGGUCCCUUUGGAAAGAAAGAACAGCGUCCUGGGAUGUCUCCCAAAGUGGGGACAGCUCAGGUCACUUGGAACAGCGGGACCGGACUGACCAGAGUCUAUGGGGAAGGCCGCCCCUCCCCCCGCUGCCGCCCAGUGGGUGGAGGGAGCAGGCCCUGAGGCCACCCACGCGUCUCGGGCAGCCAGAGAGGGGAGGCUGUGCUGUCAGAGGGCGGGCGGCCAGGGGGACACGGCACCUUUUUGCCACAUGUUGGCUUCUAAGUGACAGCCUUCCAGUGUCACCCUUGCAGCAGAUGUCCCUUGGCCACACGGUGGCCGCUCCGUCCGGAUGGGAGUGACCGGUCACCUGUAGCGCUUGCCCAAAGCCACACUGCAAUGCUUGUCCCCUCCCUCCGUCUCCUCGCCUCCUUCCUCUGGUUGCUGGCUUUCUCCUGCGGGACCCCCUCUGCGUGGCGGCUCUGGGGAGUACGCGGUGCCCGGGGCCCCUGCUGGCCUGCCUGCCGGAGUCCCUGAGCCCUUGGCGCCCGCCGGCCUGGCCCCCCCCUCCCCCACAGCUCUCCCGCCCCCUCCAGGAGGUGUCUCUGAAGCCGCGAAGCCCGUCCCUGCGUCACGAUCGACGGUCCUUUGGGGUGAGGUAGUAGGUUGUAUAGUUUGGGGCUCUGCCCUGCUCUGGGUAACUAUACAAUCUACUGUCUUUCCUGAAGUGGCUGUAAUCUCGCCGAUGGACAGCACCCGGGACCCUGGCUGGGCGGAGAUCCGGGUGCAGGUUGGGGAUGGGUAGUGGCCGUGGUAGGGUGGGGGCGGUGGCCGCCGGGCAGGAAGUCGGGCGGGCCUAGGUUCCACUUGCUGUGUGAUCUUGGGCAGGUCGCCUUUGACCUCUGGGCUUCACUUCCCCCGUCUGUGAAACGGGGACCAAUGAGGAUUGAAGAUGAUACCGUGUAAAGUGUCCAGAGUGGGGCGGGGCUCAAAGCCGACCCCCUCCCUCUCCCUACACUGCACUGAGAGCCGCCCCCGUGGCCGGCCGUGGGCACCAGUGGGGCGCAGCCGUGGACCCAGAAGGACGAGGGGCAGCUGAGACUUGGCUGGGGUUGCAGGGCUGGCCCCCAGGGACUCCCAUGGGCGACCUUAGCGCACCCCCCCCCCCCGCCAUGUCCUUCCCAGCCUGCCCGGCUCAGCGUCUGGGCUCUGGUCAGCGGUGGGACGUCCCCCAGAGAGGGAGGCCGAGGCCGCCCCAUUCCUCCCCACUCGCCAUUCCAGGCAGGAAAGCGGGAGAAGGCUCCCCGGAGUCUGGCCCCUUGGGGACACACGCUCCCUACACCACCCCCCCCCCAGCCGCCGACAGCUCGUAGGUGGACGGCGUGGGCCUCACUGUGUGUGGGGAAGCCCACGGGCCAUCUGCGUCGUCACUCCUGCCCUGCACCUGCCCAGCCUUCCAGCUCGGCUCCGGUGGCCGCAGACCACCGGGCAGGGGCCGGGGCUGGGUGCGGGGCAGUGGCGGGACAUCGGAGCCUCCCGCUCCCCGGGCACCGGCGGGGUGAGGUAGUAGGUUGUGUGGUUUCAGGGCAGUGAUGUUGCCCCCUCGGAAGAUAACUAUACAACCUACUGCCUUCCCCGAGGAGCCCAGCGACACGUGCCCGCGGGAGGGCCGCCCCCACGGCCGGCAGGCGACUCCGGGGCCCCGAGCGACGGGCCGGGCGGGCGGGAGGCUGCAGCGUGCACUGCUCGACUUCAAUAAAGGCUGUUCUGAUGUGA